CUGAGAUCUUGUUGAAGUGCAGCUUUGCUCAUUGGCCGGGUCUCUACUUUCUCAUUGCCAUUUUUCAUACAGCAAGCAGCCAGGCACCUUCUGAAGGACGAAGAGUCGAGAAAUGGAACAAGCCGACAGUGUCCGCUAUGGGGUGGUGGGAACAGGGAUGAUGGGAGUUGAGCACUUACGGAACUUGGCGGCAAUCCCAGCAGCCACAGUGGCGGCAAUUGCGGAUCCUCAUGGUCCCUCCCAGGAUCAAGCAAGGGCGGAGGUUCAGAAGGGCUGGCCAUCGCAGACAGAGUUGGAGGUUUUUCCAGACCACAAAAGCCUCCUUGCCAGCAGUCUCUGUGACGCCCUCCUCAUCUCCUCCCCCAACUUCACGCACGCACAGAUCCUGCUAGACAUCCUGAGCCACCCAAAGCCACCCCACAUCUUGGUCGAAAAACCGCUGUGCACGACUGUGGAAGACUGUAAGAAGGUUAUUGAGGCGGCCCGGGCCCAGCCAGGCGUGGUCCUCCAUGUUGGCUUGGAGUACAGGUACAUGCCCCCGGUGGCAAGGCUUAUAAAAGAAGUAAAGGAAGGGGCAGUGGGGAGGAUCUGUAUGGUAGCCAUCAGGGAGCAUCGGUUCCCGUUUCUGGUCAAGGUCGGCAACUGGAACCGCUUCAACAGGAACACUGGCGGCACCCUCGUCGAAAAGUGUUGCCACUUCUUCGACCUGAUGACGCUCAUCAUUGGCAGCAAGCCGACGCGAGUGAUGGCGUCAGGGGGCCAGAGCGUCAACCACUUGGACGAGAAGUAUGACGGGGAGACGCCCGAUAUUCUGGACAAUGCUUACGUCAUCGUGGAGUACGCCAAUGGGGCGCGGGGCCUUCUCGACCUGUGCAUGUUCGCCGAGGGCAGCCGCAACGAGCAGGAGAUCUCCGUCGUGGGAGACAAGGGCAAGAUCGAAGCUCUCGUACCGGAGAACAUCGUGCGAACAGGGAGCCGGACCGGUGGGCGGGACGGUGUUGCAACGAGUCCUUGUCACGACUACCGCAUCAGGUACGAGGGGUUGCACCACGGGUCGAGCUACUUGGAACACCUCGAUUUUCUGCGCGAGAUCCGGGAAGCAGGGAAAGUGCCUCCGACCGUGAGUUUGGAGGACGGGUUGCUCUCCGUUGCCAUCGGCGUGGCCGCCCAUCUGUCCAUAGACGAACAACGGCCCGUGUUGCUGCAAGAGGUCUUGUCAGACAAUUGAGCGAGGGCGUGCACCUCGACAAACCAGCGAAAAUUGAGAUUUUGCUAGUGGGUGCACGGUCGGAGAAAGCGUGCACUGCGCAGGAUCAUUGCUGUAGGCUGGGCCACUAGUAUCAAGAAUCGGAGUCGCUAACGUGGAUUUGACUUCGCACAAGACAUUGACUAGUCAUUGCUGGAUCAUAACAGCCCCAAUCAAUACAAUGUUGGCGACUUCGAUGUCCUGCAACCAGA